UUUCAAUCCUGUCAGUCUUGUUCUUCUUUUUGUUUUAUUACUUACUGUAUUAGUCAUGAAAAACAUGUCUGUCUUAUGUCUUCUUUUACAUCUUCAGCACUGUGUGGACUGCAGAUUCAGAGUCUCUAAGUCUGUGCGUCAAUUUGGUUAAAUCCAGUGGCUUUAACCUCCCUGAGUACAUACACAAGAACACUCUGAACGAUGUGACCAUCUUCUACUACGACAGUAACAUGGAUUCUAAAAUGCCCUGUCCUGACUGGAUCAACAGCCCUGCAGGAAAACAGGAGUGGACAAAUAUGCAGCUUCGAGUAGACCGCAUCAGACGCUUCAUUACUCUGGGAUUUGAGUCAGCUGUUCAGCAGUUUAACCUGACCGGCUCUUUGGCUGGCAGUAACAUGUACCAGUCAACAGGCUGCUGUUACCUCUAUCCAAACGGAACACACAAGUCAUCAUUGACUCACACAUUCAAUGGAAAGGACUUCUUAAGCUUUGAUUUUGAAAGAAAGACAUUUGUUUCUGCAGUUCCUGAAGCAGUUGUUUAUAAACACCAAAGGGACAGAGAUGAAGUCAAUCUCCACGUCUUAACAAAUGUCUUCAAAACAUUGUGCUGGGAGCACAUUAACAUAUUCAAGCGUGCUCCUAGAGUCAGCAUCAAAAAAGUUCCAGAAGUCAGGAUCUUUGAGAAACAGCAGGCCGGCUCCAUCACAGUCACAUGUCAUGUGACGGGGUUUUACCCCCGGGCAGUUCAGAUAGACUGGCUCGGUCCAAAUCUGCAUCCUGUGGAUGGAGGGGUCACUGAUGUGCUGCCCAAUGAGGACGGCACAUACCAGACCAGAAAGAGUGUGGCAGUUCCAGAGGAGGAUGUAGGAAAACACACCUACAGCUGUGUAGUGCUUCAUAGCAGCGUAGCACACAACAUCACCACAGUCUGGG